AUGGCGGCCGACGCACAGCGCGACCGGCAGUCCGGAGCGACUGCCAACGUAUUGAAAAUCAUCAUUGACGUGGACUAUGGCACCACUUUCACAGGUGUCAGCUUCGUAACGUCGGACAAGACUAGCGUCGAUGAUAUUGACGUUAUCCGAACGUGGCCUGGAGAUGGAGGCCCUGUUGAGGGCAAUUGGAAGACUCCAACCGUUAUCGCCUACGGCAGCGAAAACAACACCGAGUUCGAUGACCCCUCAUUGCGCGAGGCAACUGGCUCCGCCCUCUUCCAUCUGCCGCCUGGAAAGGACGCUCAAAUGGUAUGCCAGGACUUCUUAGUUGAGGUGUACCGUUUCGUCGUCCACAACCUGCAGAUACGUAUGACGCCUCAAGUCUUCAAAAUGACGCCUGUGGAAUAUUACCUCACAAUUCCAGCAAUGUGGACCGACAAGGCACGCUCGGCUACGUUGGAGGCCGCCAAGGCGGCCGGGUUUGGAUCCCGCAAGAUUAACUCAAUCCACAUGAUCCCCGAGCCCGAAGCAGCGGCUAUCGCAGCUCUAAAAAAGGAUCUCCGACCAGGUUCAGUCAACGUCAUCAGUGUUCACGAACGUCGACAUGUCGGAGUUCAGACAAAUGCUAGGCCCUAA